AGGACUGCAUUGAGCAGCUGAGGGAGUCUCUGUAUGUGUAUGUGUGAGGAAAGGCUCAGGCAGGGGAUUCUCUGUAAGGGACACGAAAGCCCAUUCUACUGCUCUGCAGCUUCUACUCAGUAAAUGUGACCUCUCCGCUAGUCACUGGCCACAGAGGUGAACUGAGUGAUCAGAUUUCGAGAGGGGGACUUGGGAAGUAUUGGAGCGGUAAGAACAGACGUCUUUGAAAGCAGAAUGUUAAUGCUGGACGGGAUGCCGGCAGCAAGAGUAAAAACCGAACCAUUGGAAUCUGAGCUGGACGGAAUGCCGGCAGCAAGAGUCAAAACAGAGUUAUUGGAUUCUGAGCAAGUGUCUCCAAAAGUCCACGGCUACCAGGAUAUGGAAGCUGUCCCCCUCCUCCUCAACAGUGUGAAGGAAGAACCUCCAGAGGACUUGUUAGCAACAGACCAUUUUCAAACACAAACAGAACCGGUGGACUUGUCCAUAAACAAAGCCCGAUCCUCACCAAGAGGAGUGUCUUCUUCCCCUCUAUUUAUUACUACUUCAGUCGCCUCACCUUCUUCUAAUUCUUCAUCUUCAUCUAGCCGUCCAGCUUCUUCACCAACUGUGAUAACAUCUAUACCAUCCACAGCAUCUGUGCCAACAGUAUUGACUCCAGGGCCUCUUGUAGCUUCAGCAUCUGGAGUUGGUGGACAGCAGUUUUUGCACAUUAUUCACCCCGUCCCAUCUUCUAGUCCUCUAAACUUGCAGUCUAACAAACUGAGUCAUGUUCACAGAAUACCAGUGGUUGUACAGUCCGUUCCUGUUGUUUAUACGGCUGUGAGGUCACCAGGGAGCAUGAAUUCUACCAUUGUGGUACCUCUGUUGGAGGAUGGAAGAAGCCAUCUUAAAGCACAUGUGGAUCCCCGGGGAUUGUCUCCUAGACAGAUAAAAAGUGAUAGUGACGAUGACGAUCUGCCAAAUGUGACCUUAGAUAGUGUCAAUGAAACUGGAUCCACGGCUCUUUCCAUAGCGCGAGCAGUACAAGACUCGACCUCACCAUUUAUUAUUGAAAGCACAAGACGCCAGCCAAGGUCUGAAUCUCCGGACUCCAGGAGGAGAAGAAUACACAGGUGUGAUUUUGAAGGAUGUAACAAGGUCUACACAAAAAGUUCUCACCUAAAGGCGCAUAGAAGAACUCAUACAGGUGAGAAACCUUACAUGUGUACAUGGGAAGGAUGCACCUGGAAGUUUGCACGCUCAGAUGAACUAACAAGGCAUUACCGCAAACAUACAGGAGUGAAGCCAUUUAAAUGUGCAGACUGUGAUCGCAGUUUCUCUCGUUCGGAUCACUUAGCGUUGCAUCGACGGAGGCACAUGCUGGUCUAGGUCAUCUUUCAAACGUGCAGAAAAGCGGGUUCUUUUCUUAUGAAUCUAUUCAGCUGGGCUGAAUCCACCUACAGUGUUAUGAAAGCAAGGAUGCUCACAAGUGAUCCAAAGUGAAGGAAUAUAACAGGAAGUGCCAUGCUUCCCAAGUUUCUGAAAUAUCAAGUCCAAGCAUGGAAUCUCCAGUACAUGUCCAUACCUCAGACCCAGACAAUUUCACACUGAGGACUCAGGCUCUUUUUAUGGGCCAUGACCUGCAUCAUUUUACACAGCAUCUAUUGUACAUUUCCCUUAUAUAUGGACUGAUGUUUUUGAAAGAUUCUCUCCUAAUUUUCAAAAAUGAUGUAUCAUAGACUGUUUUGCAGAUCAUGAAAAACGUUCAAUUGAUUGAUACUUAUUUUUUUUCUUUUGGGAAUUUUUUUUUUUGUAAAGUAACCAUGAAAUAGUGGACUAUUGACUACAGGUACAUGUAUAGAAUGGACUGACAGCAAGUUCCUUCAUCAGAACAUGGGAUUUUGCAAUAACUGCAAUGGUAAUGAGAUAUCCCUCUAUCAAGCAAAGCGGGCAUAACAAUAUCGUACUCCUUCUUUGAGUAUUCUGAAUUUUUUUUUUUUUUAUUCUCUUUCGUUGUUGUCUGUGAAAGUAUAUAGGCCGGUAUCUUAAGUAAAGUACUGUUUGUGUUUGUGAAUUGACUUGGCCUUGCCUAAAGCCUUCUUAUAUUUCCUUCACAUUUAUACAUAAAUAUCCAAAACCAUGCACAGGCUCUCAGUAUUAUUCUGUUUUACAGAGUUAAAAAAAAACACAAUUUGAGGUAUUAUGGCGGAGUUUGGCCCCAUCCAGAAUAGGAAUAUGGGGAGAAUUAGAUAGCACAAACUGGAACAGUUGCACUUCUUGCUGCUAAUUAGCAAUAAUGACUGUCUUAUAAGGUUUUACUAUAGAUCAAGUACUUAAACUGCGUUUUUUACCACAUCACAGGAGGCCUUUGUCUAAAUAUAGUAUAUUAGAUAUUAAAACCCUAACACAAGAUUAAAAGGCUGCUUAUGGUAAAGAUUUGACAAUUUCAAAUGUGAAUAAAAUGUAUAGAUGCAACAUUAUCCCAUGGAAGUCAGUCGGAAUCUAGCCUUGAGAUCAAAUAUAUUUUGUCGUUCUGCAUAUCAGAAUUUUUGUGUAAGAUAAGGGAAUAUUCACCAGCUUUUACCUAGGGAGCAAUGUGUUAUUUGCUUCACAGUGCAUCUCUAUUAUUAAGCAGUUUACUCUGCGUCUGUAAGAAAGAAAGCAAUAUAGGAUCUGAGUAAACUGAUUCAUAAAAUGUGAUCAAUGCCAGUAUUAAUUGCAAAUAAAUGCAUGAUCAUAUGCAUUAAGGUCUGUUUUUAGUGUUAUAUAGCUAUAGACUAUUUAGUAUCGGAAAUGCCAUAUCAUAAAUUCUCUGUUUACCCCCAAAUUGAAGAUUGUAGCCUUAUCCAAUAUUAAGCACACUCCUUCCUAAUUCUAGUAUUGUUUUAGUGUCAAGCAAUAUGGUUAUGUUGGCAUCAGUUGUUUGAUCUAUAUUACUGACAACCACAUAAUAGCCCAUGCCAGUACUGAUGACCCUGUCAAGCUUUACUUACAGGUUUUGUAUUCUAACAUACAGCGAGCCUGUCCCGUUAAACACAGGAAGGGAAAGGGUUAAGAUCCUAGAUAAAAUAAUUGAUGAAAAGUUGUAAGCAUGUACGGUAUAUGUCGGUAUAUACAACUUGUUUUAUAACUGAUGGGAUACAUGUGUUUUAAAGUUUUUGUGUGAUUUAUUUUAUUUUUUAUUUUUUUUAACUUGUGUUCAGUGAUGUUCCUGAGAUGAAGUUUUGUGUUUUAUGUUUUCCUGCCUCUUGAUAUUAUCUGUAACUCAGAAUAGCUAAAAGAAAAAAGAAAAAAAAAAAAAGAUUUUACGAAAAUAUUUGCACACAGUGUAUUACUAAUCAGAUAUGAAUUCUAACGAGGGCAAAUACCUACAGGUGUAGCAGAGCUGAGCUUAUCAUUUGAAACCAUGGGGCCCAUUAAGAAAACUUUGUGGCAGUACAAGCCACCUGAACGAUCCUCUUUAUUUGUACAUGUGGUAUAAACCUGUCAUAUCAGGUGAGAGGUAGAGUACUCUGUGGGUGCAUCUAUUCAUUUAUUAGAUUACAACCACAAAGUCAGGUUUCCUGGUGCAGUUUUGGAAGCCAAAACAAGGAGUGACUUUAGAAAAGAGAAGUCGUAUCUGUCCAUUAUACUUUCUCUCCUUAUAACUCCUGAUCCUGAUCCACUCCUGAUUUUGGCUUCCAAAACUGCAUGAAGAAACCCGAAUGUGUGAUCCAUACCCUUAUGAGAAUAUUUUGCACCAAAAAUACAUAGCAGUUGUAUUUUGCUCAAGCAAAGGUUCAGCUAUAUUUACUGUAGUUAUUGGGACAGUUAUUAAAUACCUUGGGUGUUAAAGCUAUUGUAAUACCCUAUGUCCUGAACAUCAGUGAUUGAUUUUCUGGUACUUAUAUGCCAAUGUAUCGUACUUGCACCAGAUUCUAUCAACAAAAUAUCUGUGCAACCGGAAAAUGAUAUAAAAUACGAAAAAUAUAUUUAAUAAAUGUUCCCUUUUGUGUUAAAUGAUAAAUUCAGCUCUUUUCUUCUGCAUCAGUAGAAAGGAAGAAUUAAUAUGCUGAAUAUCAGUUUCUCUCUAUUGGGGCAUGAAGAAUACAAGACUUUGUAUGAAAACUUUAGUAUGAAAUCUCGUAUGUAUUUACCUAAUAUUUAAGAAAAUAAAGCACAAGAGAUGAUUUUAGAAACUAUAGGAAAUGUUUUAUGGGAUAUUGUUGAAUAUUGCUAAAUGUUUGUGAAACACAUUUUGUACUGUUUCUUAAUUGCAAGACAUCGACUUUAAUAAUAGUGACUCCUAAAGCAUACCCAGUACACUGUAUAGGAAAGCCUGUGGUAUAUCCAGAAUAUGCAGUCUACAAGGUAGAUUGUGAGAUGGUUAAUUAUGUACAAAUCAUGAUUGUGUUUAUAUUAAAAGGGAACAAUCAAAAGCGUUUUCCCGAACAGA